GCUAUUCCCCUCGUGGUACAAAACGCCUGCUUCCCUCCCGUCCUCACGUACUACGGUUUAGGCCAGCUACACUACACAGCGGCCCGCUCAGCAUGCUGGCCGGCGGCUCGUCGUACCUGGCGACCAUGGGCCGCCGCAGCUUCCCCUACCACAGGCUCAAGAAGCUCCCCGCCGCCGCCCCCUCUCCUCCCCAUCCUCCUGCCACGACGGCGGGUCCUGCUACCGCCGCCGCCGCCAUCGAGGACUCGUACCGGUCCUACUACCGCGCGCUGGUGGCGAGGCGGCGGAGGCGGGGCAGCGGCAGGCGCCUGAGGAGGGCGAGAGUCUGGGGCGCCCUGGCCCGCGCGUUGCGGCGGAGGGCGGCGGCUGCCGGGGCCCGGGUGCGCGCGUCGGUCGCCAGGGUGGCGCGCCGGCUGAGGGACGGCCGGCCCUACGUCGGCGACCUCUUCGCCGGGAACUACAUGUUCCUGCAGGUGGCGCCGUCGCCGAUGACGAUCACGGGCAGCCACGGCGGCGGCGCUGUGGUACCCUUCGCGGAGUACUACUACGGCUAUAAGGCCAGGGCCAGGGCCAGGGCAGCGGCCGUGCAGCUGCACCGCUAUCCUACUGGGGCGGUGCUCUACGAGACGUAGCGACGUGCCACGGAUGACUUCGUCGCUGGCCUGUGUUGUGUUGAAAUAAUGGUAAAUAAAUGUUGUUAUUCAGUUUGGAUUUGG